AUCACAUUUUUCCACAUCCGUAGGGUCAAUUUUUUAAGUGAAUGCAAAAAAGUAACUAUGAGCUUUCCUGUGUGAACACAUGUUUAUGAUUAUUUGCUGAGGGCCGUGCAUUCAGCGUCACUUCGGUCUGUAGUGUAACAUUUCCCUCGGCAUAUUAGGCGGACGCUUUAAUUCCAGGUGCCUCGGCCGUCCGGUGCAGCGUUCCCUGUAGGAGGCCAGAGGCAGCUUCCCUCAUGGAGAAUUAUCAGAAUUCCGGAAUCACCACGGGGAUGGAGCCGACACCGCGGGGGGCUUAUAACGUGUCACUGAUCCUGGAGAGCACCAGCUGGUUCCCCUGGGGGGAGGAGGGCCUCGUGGGGGGGCCGCUCAGCGUGCUCAUGGCUGUCCUCUACCUGGCGGUGUGCGUCCUGGGUCUGGCCGGGAACGGGCUUGUGAUGGCGGCCAUCUUGAAGCUGGACCGCAUGAGCACGGCCACUACGGUCUACAUCUUCAACCUGGCUCUGGCGGACGGGCUCUUCAUGGUGGGCCUGCCCUUCGUCUCCUUCCAGUACCUCCAGGACCGCUGGCCCUUUGGGGACCUGGCGUGCCGCUUGCUGGUCCUCCUCGAUGGCAUCAACCAGUUCACCAGUGUCUUCUGCCUGACCGUCAUGAGCGUCGACCGCUGCCUGGCCGCCGCUGACCCGGUCCGCUUCGGCCCGUGGCGCCGUCCCAGUCGGGCCAAGGUGAUCAGCCUGCUGCUGUGGCCCCUGUCCCUGCUGCCGGUUCUCCCCAUGGCUCUCCGUUUCUCGGCCGAGGGCGGACAGUGUGGCCCGGACCCCCACGAGGCCGUCGGCUCCUGGUGGAUGGUCUUCAUCACCUGCGCCUUCGUCCUGGGCUUCGCGCUGCCCUUCAGCAUCAUGGCGGUGUCGUACGCGGUGCUGGCGCUGGCCCUGAAGGCCCGUGGGGCCCCGGGCCCCGGUGGGCAACCGCCCGAGAGCCAGGCCACCCGCAUGGUGGCAUCGGUGGCAGUAGUGUUCGCCAUCUGCUGGCUUCCCUUCUACGCUGUCAACUUCUACGUCCUGCACCACAGUGACACCGGACAGGCCUUCGACGGCAUCUUCCGUGCCGCCGUGCUGCUGUCCUACGCGUGGAGCUGCACCAACCCCGUCCUGUACGCCUGCUUCUCCGACACCUUCAGGAGGCAUUUUUGUACCCUGCUGUGCCGGGACGGCCGACCGUCGACUUGCGACGCCAACACCGAAGCCUUCGACCUGUGCGACGACGCCAGAACGGGCCAGCCCAGUCCCGUGUAG